AUGACCAGUUGUUCAUGCAGGAAUAUAUCUGUACUGGAAGGCCACGAUACAGUGGCCUUAGAAGAAGAUUACUUGUGUCCCACUGAGGCCAACAUAUACAACAUAGACUUUACUCGCUUCAAACUACGUGAUCUCGAAACUCAAACAGUCUUAUUCGAAGUUGCCAAGCCCCCUCCGUCAGAUGAUGGGAUUGAUCAAGACCAUGAUGUGGACAAUGGAGAUGAUGUUGACCCAAAUGCUGGAAGAUUUGUACGAUAUCAAUUCACACCACAAUUCUUAAAGCUCAGUACAGUGGGUGCCACUGUAGAAUUCACUGUUGGAGACAAGCCAGUGACAAAGUUCCGUAUGAUUGAACGACAUUACUACCGGGAGCGUCUCCUGAAAAGUUUUGAUUUUGAAUUUGGGUUUUGUAUACCUAAUAGUAAAAAUACAUGUGAACACAUAUAUGAGUUCCCUAAACUGAAUCCAGAUGAAAUACAAGAGAUGAUCGAUAAUGCUUAUGAGACACGGUCGGAUAGUUUUUACUUCGUCGAUGACAAAUUGAUCAUGCACAACAAAGCGGAUUACGCAUACAAUGGUGGCCAGCAAAACAUGUAACAUCUGCUUCAUUUAGGACUUAUUACAAAGCCGGAACUACUUUCGGAACUAUAUUCUUACAAAGCAGUGAAAAUCCCAAUUUUGGGGAUGAUUUUUAAUGCUAGUUUUAAUCUUAGUAUGAAAGAAAAAUGAGUAUAAAACGAGUGCACUAAAUGAGUGCGAUGACAUUUUUGAUUACACUCAAGCCAUUCCAUGUUGUCAUC